GAGUUAUUCGCAACAAUGGGACCCACCUACAACGAAUUUUAGAAAACAUAUUUUGUUAGACCGCAAAAUUUGCGCGGGUAUUGAUGAGAGAGAGAGUUCAACAAAAAAAACUAACCCAACAUCCUAAGAUAGAGACAACGAGAGAGGGGGAAAAGACAGGAAGAAACAAAAACAAAAGAGAGAAAACCUGAUGAAGAUGAUCGAAGAGAUAUUCCUCUAAGAUCAUCUCAGAAAAAGGCAGCAUUACAAGAAAAAAAGCACAAAACUCUAAUUAUAUUGAUUAUUAUUAUUAUUAUUCAUCGUAAUAAUAAUAAUAAUAAUAUCAAUUAAUUAUUUGUUUAUCUAGUUUCAUACGAUAAGUUGCUGCCUUUUUUCUUGAUUCAUUCAAGGUUGAUCUCAAUCCCCCCACUCCCCAGUCCCACCUGCAUUGCAUCGUUCUUGAUAUUUCCGAUUUCGAGGAAUUCCUUUUCGUUCGCGCGAGCUCAAACCAAACAAACCAGUUUGUUGGGAAUCAUCUGAGAAGAAGAUACUGAGCUUCGUUAUGUGUUUGUUGAGGGAAAGGUUUUGAGGAAGAUAAAUUUGAAAUAUGAGAGACCCUGAAGUUGUUGUUAUCUUUGGACCCAAGAGCUGCAUUUGUUUUUGCUUUCCAUUGUAGGAUAUACAAGUUUUGCUUACUUUAUUAAUUCUUUUCAUCUCAAAAGCCUGAAGGGUUUCUCUAUACAGAUAAACCUGCCAAAUUUUGAGCAUAUGAUUUCGUAUAUCAUAUAGCUUUUGGCUUGUAAAGAGCGAUACAAAUUCGCGGCGGUGGCUGUUGCCUUCCUACUGCAAUGGAAUGCAUAUGCGAUCGGUUUGGAUUUUGGAUCAGAAUUUGUGUUGGGUUGAUUUCUCUCUGGGGAGCUCAACGGUGUUGGUCGCUGAACGAUGAAGGAAUGGCUUUGUUGGAAUUUCGGGUAAGAAUAACUUAUGAUCCUUAUGGUGCUCUGGGAAAUUGGAAUCCAAAUGAUUCCGACCCUUGCAAGUGGUUAGGUGUUCGUUGCGUUGAUGGUAACGUGCAAACGCUAGACUUAAAUGGACUAUCAUUGGAAGGGACAUUAACUCCUCAUCUUGGGAAACUUAAUCACUUGAAGUCUAUCGUGUUACGCAAGAACAAUUUUUCUGGUGACAUUCCCAAAGAACUUGGAGAUCUAGACAAUCUGGAGUUGUUGGAUUUAAGGGAGAAUAACUUGAUUGGAAAUAUCCCUGCCGAAACCGGGAGGAUGUUGUUAAAACAAUUGUUGGUUCACGACAAUAAAUUUGAAGGUAGCGAUUCUCAAGAGCUCGAGAACUUGGGACUGCCUUCUAAAUCACUAGUUAUCGAAAACUUUUCGUCUCCCCUGGCAAGUUUGUUUCAGUGCAAGAAUAGAAAGUUUGCACACUGCGUGUGGUAUAGGGAUCUCAAGCAAUGGAACAAGGCAGAGUUUUUGGCAAUUCCAAUUAAAGGGGCACUUACAAGAUACCUUAAUGCCAUGGCUCUGCCAAUGUUCAAGCUAGGAAAGGCUUCCUCUCAUGGCUUUGAAGAGAAUUACUGUGCCGGUCUUCCUAGUUCUGGCGGGUCGGAGAUUGGCUCAAAUUUAUCAAAUCUAGUCAGUUCUGCACGUCGUAGGUUGCUUGAUCAGUCCAGUAACCUCGCAGCCGCACCUUAUAGUGGUGGCCCCGUUAUACAGAUCAGUUAUCUUCCAAUUACCAUAAGCAGCGGAUCUUUUUCGGCUGUGCCAGAUCUUAAUAAGAAACAAAAUCAGUCCCUUGCACCACCCGAUUCACCUGCUGGUUCUCAAACAAGUGAACCAAAUUCAGCUAAUGGUGCUCCAAGAAAACUCUGGGAAUAUAUUAUUAUCAUCUCUGGUGUCGUUAUCUUGGUCAUUUUCAUUGCGAUCAUGCUUUGCAUCUUGCGAAAACGAGCUGCAAAAGCUAUAAAGCCCUGGAAGACAGGAAUAAGUGGACAGUUGCAAAAGGCAUUUGUAACAGGGGUCCCGAAGUUGAAUCGAUCAGAGUUGGAGACAGCAUGCGAAGAUUUCAGCAAUAUCAUUAACAGUUUUGAGAAGUGCACCAUAUAUAAAGGAACACUGUCUAGUGGAGUCGAGAUUGCCGUUGAUUCUACUAUUGUUACAUCUACUGAGGAUUGGUCAAAGGGCAUGGAGAUAGCCUACAGGAGAAAGAUUGCUGCUCUAUCCCGCGUCAACCAUAAGAACUUUACCAAUCUUAUUGGUUACUGUGACGAAGACGAACCAUUCACAAGGAUGAUGGUGUUUGAGUAUGCUCCAAACGGAAGCUUAUACGAGCAUCUACAUGUUAAGGACGUUGAACAUCUUGAUUGGAGUGCAAGGACGAGGGUUAUCAUGGGCACGGCGUAUUGUCUUCAUUACAUGCACCAUGAUCUGAACCCACCAGUCUCUCAUUCCAACCUUAACUCAUUUUCAAUAUUGUUAACAGAUGACUUUGCUGCUAAGAUUUCAGAGAUCAGUUUUGGCACUAAUAGACUUCCUACCAGCACAACUGGAGACGAAUCUAAGAAAUCCGACGAAUCUAAGAAAUCCGAGUUACCUCCUCAACAAGGUCCUGAAACCGAUGUCUAUAACUUUGGAAUAAUGUUGCUGGAAAUCAUUUCUGGGAAACUACCUUAUUCUGAAGAACAAGGUCAUCUUGUGAACUGGGCUUCCGAGUUCUUGAAUGAUAAGCGAAACAUCGGCUGUUUGAUCGAUCCAACGCUCGAGUCGUUCAAAGACAACGAACUUGAUGUGAUAUGUGAGGUGAUAAAAGAAUGUGUUCAAUCUGAUCAAAGGUUAAGGCCAACAAUGAAGGAAAUAAUUUGCAAAUUGAGGGAAGUACUUAAUAUAUCACCCGAGCAAGCCGUCCCGAGACUUUCUCCACUCUGGUGGGCCGAACUCGAAAUCUUGUCGGUGGAGGCCACUUAAGUUUCUGUUCUGUAAACCAAAGCCUCUCGAACCCGAACCAAUCCGACAGAGUAUAUAUAGCUUUGUGAUAAUGCUAUAUGGUAUUUGCAACUCAAAGUUAAAAUUCUUUUCUUCUUUAAUUCCAUUUGUUCCUUUGGAAGUCCUUAUGAUUAAAACACCAUAGCUAUUCUUGUGUACCAAAGGAUGUGUGUUAAGUUAUUUUGCUGCAAGUGGGGUGUUGUACAUUUGUACUUUUGUUGAUGAAGCUUUGUUGCAAGUGGGGUGUUGGACAUUUGUACUUUUGUUGAUGAAUCUUGAAAUGUAAAAAAAAAAUCUUGAUAUAUUAUAUAUUUCUAUUGCUAUCA